AGCGCUUAAUAGGCGAGGAAAAAAAUGCAAAUCCCAAUUUUUACAGUUGAUGCGUUUACAGGCCAUUCAUUUUCUGGAAAUCCUGCGGCAGUUUGUCUGCUUGAAAAUGACCUGAAAGAAGAUUUACACCAAAAAAUUGCAACAGAAGUGAACCUCUCAGAAACUGCCUUCAUCAGAAAACUGCACUCCACAGAUGACUUUACCAAAAGUUCCUGCUUUGGGCUGAGGUGGUUCAGCCCAGCCACUGAAGUUCCUCUUUGCGGUCAUGCUACGCUUGCAGCAGCUGCUGUGUUGUUUCAUAUACAAAAAAACCCAAAUUCGGUUCUCACUUUUGUGACUCUGAGUGGUGAUUUAAAAGCUAGACAAGUAGAAGAUCGUAUUGUCCUGGACUUACCGCUUUACUUAGCCUAUCCACAGGUAUUUCAGGAAGUAGAAGAAUUAAUAAAGGUAGCCAUAGGUGACAUGACUGUUCAAGAUGUUCGUUAUUCUCCUGAUACAAAGAACCUCCUGGUCCGUCUCAGUGAUGCUUACAAAAGAUCUGACUUGGAGGAACUGCAAGUAAAAGCACAAGAUCUUCUGUCAGUUGACAAGACGGGAAAAUUGAAAGGAGUCAUAGUGACACUUAAAGGAGAUGCCAGUGUAAAACCUAAAGGCUAUGAUUUCUACUCCAGAUAUUUUCCACCUUGGUAUGGAGUUCUGGAAGACCCCGUUACAGGGUCUAUCCAUGCUGUUUUAGGCAGCUACUGGUCAGAGCAGCUGGGGAAAAAAGAAAUGCUUGCCUUUCAAUGUUCUCAUCGGGGAGGAGAAUUGAAGAUUUCACUACGUGAUGAUGGAAGAGUUGACAUUGCGGGGCAAUUUGCUAUUGUAUUAAGAGGAAAUCUGUCUUUGUGAAGAAACUGACACUAGCAUCUUAAUCACCCACUCCUCAA